AAAUCAAAUUUUCAUACGCCCACACACACACUCUCUCUCUCUCUCUCUCUCUCUACUCCUCAUUGGUAUCAGUACUAUACUACUAGCAGAAACCAGGCCAGGCCAGGCGCCGCUCACUCUCUCUCUCCUUUUCUCUCUCAUCCCUUUCUCUUGUCUGUCUGUAAUUUUUAUUUCCCGUACAGCAGCAGCAGGGCAGGGCAGCUGCGCCAUCACCACCACCUUCCCUUCCCUUCCCUUCCCUUCCCUGCAUAAUAAAACAUUAAACCCUGUCCAUACUUACAUCCCCUCUCCCAUAGACCAUAACUCUCUCAUCACCCAAUUUCUCACCUCGCCUCACCACCAGCACAAGAACAAAGAAACAGAGAACGAAGGAAUAAAAAGAAAAAAAAAAAAGAGGAAGACCAUGGUGGGUGAGGGUCGAGGUCAGGGUCAGGGUCAGGGUCAGGGGAUCAUAGCACUACCGGGGUGGCUGCAAGGGCUGCUGAGGGAGAAGUUCUUCAACGCGUGCAUAAUUCACGAGGAGGCCCGCAAGAACGAGAAGAACAUCUUCUGCUUGGACUGCUCCACCAGCUUCUGCCCCCACUGCUUCUCCCUUCACUCCUCCCACCGCCUCCUUCAGAUACGGAGGUAUGUGUACCAUGAUGUUCUAAGGCUGGAUGAUGCUGCCAAGCUAUUCGACUGUUCCUCCGUUCAGACAUACAUAACCAAUAGCGCAAAAGUGGUGUUCUUGAGGCAAAGGCCGCAGACAAGGCAGUGCAGAGGCUCCGGCAACAUCUGCUGCACUUGCGACAGGCCCCUCCAGGACCCAUAUCUCUUCUGCUCCCUCUAUUGCAAGAUUGACUACCUCUGGAGGACCGAGGGUGGGCUCUCCAGGAACCUCCGUGAUUGCAACUUCCUGCCCCUGCCCGAAGACGCCGGCCUCAUGACCCCUGACACGGUCCUCGAGCCCGCCCCCACCAGCUCGGGUUCUGGCGGAGGUUACGGAGGGGUGGGGUGCCGGACCCUCGCCUGCACAGCCGCUACUGACUUUGCGCCCGUGGUGAGGAAGAAGAGGACGAGCGUGCUGACCUGCCACGACCCCUGCCAGACGACGACGACCCAUGAACCAGCCCGGCCCGUCUGUGGCCCGGCAUCAGAGAACUCUGCCGGGUUGAUGAACCGGAGAAAGAAGACCCCGCACAGGGCCCCUCUCUACUGACUUGAGCAUUGUGACUUGGUUGGAUAGUUGAAGCAAAGUAUAGGUCAGCAUAUAUAUAUAUAUAUAUUUUGGAUGACAGAUUAAUGGGUUAAGGAAAAGAAAGUUAAUUAAUUUAGGGGUGGUUUAGGGCAGAAAAAAUCUCCCCAAUUUUGUUGUGAAAAAGAGAGGAGACCUCUCAAGUCUCUCUCCUUUUUUAGAAGGUAGGAGUGGUUCUGUCAUUGUCCAUUUUAGGAUUUUUUCAGUUUGGUUUUUCUUCUUUUGAGGAUGCCUGCCUCCUUCCUUAGGUAAAAGGUUGGGUUGUUUACAGCCAGCUAACAGUGACACAAAAGUGCAAUUGGUGAUAUAUCAUGGAUAUUUUAUAGCUCA